AUCCUCUUUAGAUUUAAGCCACAAAAUAGAAAUGGCCGACUGCGGAAUUAACAACAAGAAAGUGUCCUCUGUUAAAUUUCUUGUGAAGCCAAAAUUGUGAAGUUUCUAUUAAACAUUUUUUGUUCUUCUCCAUCUAAUCAAGCUAACUAUGGCUUGCGGAAUAAGUUGGUCCUUCAUGUUAUGGAACAUUACCAAAAAACAUUUUAAAAAAUUGGGAAUUUAAUUCCAGUUUUUGACAUUUGAAUUAACUUACCAUCACAUUCUUGGUAACCUUCUGUAUUCCAGGCAAUCAAGAUGCCAAGAAAACGGCGAGCUCGAUCCCCCGCCCCUAAGUUGGGGAAUAUGAAUAAACGUCAAAGGAUGAAUUCUGCUGGAUGUUCGAAUGAUAAUGGUGGAAAUAAUAACAAUGUUACCGCCACUGCGGAAACAGCAAGGAUGAAUUCACGGUUCGGAAUCGGCAAUUUAAAUAAAUAUCCUCAAAUUCAGGAUGAUGACGAGGGCCAUCUUAUGUUCCAAUGCGGGGACAUGCUUCAGAACCGGUACAGACUACUCCAGGUCCUGGGAGAGGGAACCUUUGGGAAGGUUGUCAAAUGCCAGGAUCUUUAUCAGAACAGGAUGGUGGCGAUCAAAAUCAUCAAGAAUGUUAGAAAGUACAAAGAAGCUGCUCGCCUGGAAAUAAAUGUGCUCUCCAAACUGUCUAAGUACGACCCCUAUGGGAAGCAUCUGUGUGUCGCCAUGUUGGAUUGGUUUGAGUAUCAUGGGCACAUGUGCAUCUCCUUUGAUAUGUUUGGGCAGAGUGUGUUUGAUUUUCUGAAGGAUAACGGCUUCCAGCCGUAUCCUAUCAAUCAUGUCAGACAGAUUGCGUACGAUCUUUGCUACUCGGUCAACUUUCUCCACCGAAAUCGGAUUACACACACGGAUUUGAAACCAGAAAAUAUACUUUUCUUUGAUUCAGCCUACUCCUCGGGCUUUGAUUUCGCGUCGGGAUCCAUGAUCAAUCGAGUGCUCAAUCCUGAGAUUCGAUUGAUCGAUUUCGGCAGCGCAACAUUCAACCACGAGCACCACUCAACCAUCGUCUCUACGCGACACUACCGUGCCCCGGAGGUGAUUAUGGAACUAGGUUGGUCCCAGCCCUGUGAUGUUUGGUCCAUUGCCUGCAUCAUAUUCGAGGCAGCACUUGGUAUCACACUGUUCCAAACCCACGACGAUCUUGAGCAUCUAGCCAUGAUGGAACGGGUUCUGGGAGACAUUCCCUCAAGAAUGAUCUCUAGAUCCCGAGUCAAGUAUUUCCGUAGUAACGAUCGUCUGGACUGGGACGAAGGAUCGAGUAACGGGAAGUUUGUGAGGAAAAACUACAAGUCUUUACAUCGGUAUAUCCCCAGGGAGUUUCGAGGGAACAAGGACUGGGAGGAUAUGUUCGAUCUUAUUCAGAAAAUGUUUAUUUACGAACCCUCGAGAAGAUUAUCUCUCAACGAAGCUCUUCGGCACAGAUUCUUUGACAGCCUUCCUGUCACUGGAGAAAGAUUCAGCAAUCGUGCUUCUUCUUAAAUCUGAUGAAACAAUGUUGGAUUGAGAGGAGAGACGAGAAUAUUAACCCCUGAUGUUAGCUAAUCUAGAGAUUUAUGAAAAUUAUUGUGUUACAUCGUUUAAUCCUUUGCUCCACAUAAAAUGUAUUGGAAAAUAGCUAUAAUUGAAGUUUAUCAGUCUGUUCAUAACAGUAAUUCAAGUUCACUUUUCCUUAUUUGAGAACUUUAAAUCAAAUCAAUUAUUCUAUUUUAGUUUUCGUUUAAAAUUCAUUCAUGGUUUAAUUUAAUCGUGUUUCUAACUAUCAGCCUGCAUAAUUAGUAUAUAAGCAGAAAAUCGAUUUUGUUUUACCUUAUUAAACUAUUGGAAAUAAUGAUCCUAAGGGGUUGAUACUUAAUAAACUAGCGAAUGAUACGUAUGUUUUUAAAUCAUUAAUUUAUGUGCUCAAACUUUUAAAUCAAGCUAUCUUAAAAAUUAUUGUCCUAAAGUUCUAUAGAGUUAAAAGUUUGAACUUAAAUGAAAAUUGUUCUAAAUAGUUUUUUCCCAGCAGUCAUUUUAUGUCAACUGGCAGAGAACUUUCUUCGUAUAUAUUUUCAGUCGUCUUCAAUUUUUCAG